AUGCCCAGCUUCAUCCGUGUUGUAUCAUGGAAUAUUGAUUGCAUGAGGCCAGAACCAGACCUUCGCCUAGACGCUGCUCUCUCCUAUAUCCAAUACCAGGUCUUCAAGUGCAGGACAAAUCGUAGACGUCCUGAACCAUGCUCUAUCCUUCUCCAAGGUGUCCUAGCCACUGCAUUCGAUACCAUACUCAACAACAAAUGGGUCCAGAAUUUCUUCGUCGUCAUUCCUUCGACUACCAACGCCUGGCCUAAGCUCGCAAAGUAUGGCUCAGUCACCCUCCUCUCUCGUUCCAUCCGCAUCACACAGUCAACUUCUAUUCAUUUCAGCUGCUCUGAGUCGCAGCACCAUGCUAUUUUCGUAGACAUCAAGCUAAGCGGUCUCCUUGACACAGCCCAAGCUCCUCCAUCGUCCGAGUCUGUCGUCGCCUUACGGAUUGCUAACACCCACCUUGACCCAUUACCCGACGGCGCCCCAAUCAGGGAGAAGCAACUCAAACUCGUCGCCGAUGCUCUAAUGCAGGAUGGGCUGUUUGGAGGAGUCGUCGGAGGCGACUUUAACGCCAUUUCACCCAACGACUCCGCACUGGUUGAAUCUGUUGGCUUGUGGGAUGCAUGGAGCGGCGACGAUGAAGGAGGCUUCACUUGGGGGUAUCAACCUCGUUCUCCGCUUACACCGGGAAGACUAGAUAAAUUGGUCUAUACGCCUCGUCCAGGUUUCUUCAUAGAUACCCCAAAGAAGAUAGCUGUUGGGAAGAAAUACGGGAAGCUGACGCGGAGGAGGUGGAUCAGCGACCAUUACGCUCUGCUCACCAAGGUCCAAUGCGUAUAUUUCGCAUCCGACGCUUCAGAUACGUUUAGUAUGAUCCAUCGGACCACGGGCAUGUGCAACAAGGACUGA